AUGCUGCUCCAAAGCGUUUUCUUGCUAUGCUUCGCUAUACUUACAGAAGCUCGUACGCAUCUCGGACGUACUGCCCAGGUGAUUGAAGCAAGACAACUCAGCAAAGAGACGACAUACGAUUUCAUUAUUGCUGGUGGUGGCAUUGCGGGGCUCACGGUUGCAGAUCGUUUAACGGAGAACCCAAAUGUCACUGUACUAGUCAUCGAGUAUGGCCCGUUUGACCAGAGAGAAGAUGGUGUCAUGAUCCCUGGCGCCUAUUUUCCGGUGCCUUACCUCUGGCUGCCGUUGAUGAGUACGCCACAAACAGCGCUUGGUGGUACAUCGUAUGGUGUGCCAUGUGGCAGGGUGGUGGGCGGCGGGUCUGUUGUGAACGCCAUGUUCUUCCAUCGAUCAGACGCAGAGCUCUAUAACGCUUGGGAAGAACUGGGUGCGACUGGCUGGGGUUGGGCUGACCUGUUUCCGUAUUUCAAGAAGAGUGAGACGUUUACAGCACCGGACGCGGAUUAUGCAGCUAGUCACAACAUUACCUGGGAUGCUUCCGUCCAUGGCUUUGAGGGCCCAGUGCAGGCUAGCCAUGCUCCUUAUGACUACCCGGGUAGCGCCAACAUGUACAACGGAGCCCUAAAGCUAGCUAUCCAGCCAGCCCUAGACCCCAACAAUGGCCGCGCUCAAGGCAUAUUCCGUCUCCUUCGCUCCGUUGAUCCCAAAACGCAGACGCGUUCUUCGGCUCGAAUCAAUCGCUAUGAUAGGGAUGCGGCGAGGCCAAACUAUCACAUCCUUCCGAAUACAGCGGUAUCGCGCAUUCUGUUCGAGAAUGUCACCGCUGUAGGCGUGGAGUAUAUCGGUACGACCAGUGGCGAGAAGCACACUGUCCAAGCGAGCAAAGAAGUCAUCAUAGCUGCUGGAAGCGUUCACACCCCGCAGAUCCUGCAACUUUCUGGGAUUGGCGACACUGGUCUUCUCAAGAGCUUGGGUAUUGAGACUGUUUCAGGUCUCCCUGGUGUCGGUCGAAAUCUGCAGGAUCAUCUGGUUCUGAAAGUGAAUUACAACUAUACAUCUAAUCACUUUCCGAAUGGUGAUUCAUUGCAGUCGAACGCCACAUACGCCACAGAACAACGCGCUCUCUACGACGAUGGAAAAGCAAGCGCAUUCGACCUCACUGGCACAACUGGCAAUCUUAUGAUCCAGCUACCGCUUUCAAACUGGACAAAUGACUCCGCAUCUAUCAUGUCUCGAGCGUUUUCUCUCUCACCGAGCGAUGUACUUGGUAGCGACGUGGACCCGUCAAUUCUCGCCGGGUAUGAAAGACAGCGUGCCAUCAUUCUCAAGGACAUCAACGUAGAGGCCGUGGGCGGUCUAUCAUGGAACACCGGCCCAGAAACAAGCAUCUACAUGACCCGCCCUCUCAGCCGUGGUUCAAUCACCAUAAACUCAACUAGCAUCCUUGACGCUCCACUCAUCGAUUACGGCGCGCUGACAGACCCAACCGACCUCGACAUGUUAUACGCGAUCUACAUGAAGAACCGCGAACUAAUGGCAACACCUGAUAUUGCCAUUCUCGGUCCCAUAGAGACAGCACCCGCACCGGGCAUCAGCAAUGAGCAAGAUGCCAAGGAGAAGAUCAAAGUGGCAUUGCAGCCAAGCAACGCGCAUCAGUGCUGUACUGCUGCUAUGAUGCCAAGAGAAGAUGGCGGGGUCGUCGACCUGCAGAAUAGAGUCUAUGGCACGUUCGGACUGAGUGUGGUGGAUGCGAGUACGUGGCCGCUUGUUGCUGGUGGUGGGCCUCAGGCUAGUGUUUAUGCUGGAGCUGAGAAGGCCGCGGAUAUGAUCAAGAAGCGUCACGGAUUGCUUUGA